AUGUACACCUUCCUCACAAUCACCACGCUUCUAUCCGCCGCCUCAGCACUCGGCAUCAACUGUCGAGGAUCAGGCUGGUGCAACAUCAACAGCGCGAGCUUGAACAAUGUCCUCACCAAAGCCAAGCAGCUACAAGCUCGUGGCCAAGGAGAUCACCAUUGGGGAGAGGGCGUUCAAAUUGCCUGCUCUGGUGGCCAGUGGGGAUCUAUCUGCGCCUUCUUCCAGAGCGGUGCUAGUGGAAACACGGACCGGGCCGUGGAGUUGAUUCAGGGCAUUCUUGAUCAUGGUUGCACUCAGUGUGGAAGUAUUCCCACUGAAGAAGGCAACAACGUUGAUAAUGGACAGCUUACGGUUAACUAUGUUGAGAACCCUUGCUGUAGUGGCGAUUGCUACUGCCCGGUCUAA